AGCACCUCGUCCCACGCAGCGCGCCGGGGGCCCUGCGCAUGCACAGUAGGAGGCGGGACCGGCGCUGCCUCAGCGCGCAGGCGCCGUGCGGGGACAAGAUGGCGGCGCCCGUGGAUCUGGAGCUCAAGAAGGCCUUCACCGAGCUGCAGGCCAAGGUGAUAGACACGCAGCAGAAGGUGAAGCUGGCCGACAUCCAGAUCGAGCAGCUGAGCAAGACCAAGAAGCACGCCCACCUCACCGACACGGAGGUCAUGAUGCUGGUGGAUGAGACCCGCAUGUACGAGGGCGUGGGUAGGAUGUUUAUUCUUCAGUCUAAAGGAGUGAUUCAUAAUCAGCUCUUAGAAAAACAGAGAAUAGCUGAAGAGAAAAUUAAGGAAUUAGAGGGCCGCGCGUAUCCCCAGCAGGCUGCUGGCAGCUCUGCACCGGCCCCAGCGGCCCAGCACGUGCUGUCAGCACCAGGGUGGACCUUAACUCUCCUCUGGGAUUUCUGCCUUGCAGCAGAAGAAGUCGUACCUGGAGCGGAGCGUGAAGGAAGCAGAAGAUAACAUCCGGGAAAUGCUGAUGGCCCGAAGGGCGCAGUAGCUGUGCGGUUCCCCCCAGGCCUCCCCAGCACCCUCUGGGUGGUUUUGGGCAGCUCGGCCUGCGCGCUGCUCACUGCUGCCCAGCUGCACGAGCUCCAUUCUCCAGCAGUUUCAAUAAAACUCGUCCGCGAGGCCUGA